UUGGGUUGCCAGUGCCUCACAAGUGGCCUAGAGCAGAGCCGUACAACUUUGGCCCUCCAGGUGUUUUGGGACUACAACUCCCAUCACUCCCAGCCACAGUGACCAACCAUCAGUUAAGAUGGAAGUUGUAGUCCAACAUCCUGGAGUCUCCAGGUACCAGGAAGAGAGCUGGUAGCAAGUGUGACUUGUCCCCUUAGCCAAGCAGGGUCUGCCCUGGUUGCAUUUGAAUGCGAGACUGUGUGAGCACUGUAAAAGAUUCCCCUUAGGGCAUGGGGCCAGAGCUCAGUGGAAGAGCACCAGCCUGCUUGCAUGCAGAAGGUUCCCAGUUCCCUCCCUGGCAGCAUCUCCAAGAUAGGGCUCGGAGACACUCCUGCCUGCAGUCUUGGAGAAGCCGCUGCCAGUCUGUGAAGACAAUACUGAGCUAUAUGCUUCCUAUUUUCCAGGAUCAAUUUCCAGGAGACUCUUGAAAACUCCAGAUUUUAAUGGUUUGGUAAGAUGAAAACUAUUGGGGAUGAAGUCUCCAGGAAUGUGAGAACUGGCAGCCCUGAAAUUAAUGAAAACCAGGCCAUAUGGGUGAACUUUACUUUCUGUUAUUUUGCUUGCAUGCUGCAGCUGUCAUAACGAAUGUCUGCUGAGUGAUCCUAUGCCUACUGCCUUGGUAGGAAGCCCCUUUGGGCUCAGCCAGACAUACUUUGGGAUUUAGGGAAUCCAGGAUUCCAUACCCACCUCCAGGUGAGUCUUGAAAGCCAGCCUGGAGAUUGCAGUGGCUUGAAGCCACGAAAAGUACUGGACAAUGUUGCGGGAACAGAAGUCUCUCGGGAGGACUCCAGCCAGAGUGGGCAAGGAGAUCUGCUCUGAUGGCGGCACUGAAUGGGCCCCUUUGCUAUGCAGGGCCUGCUGUGGUUUGCAUUUGGAUGGGAGGCUACAUGUCGGCAUCCUAGGCUCCUAGCCCACCAUGCAUCUGACCCAGCCCUUGGGAUUCCCAGAGGCUGCUGACUACAACUCCCAGCAUCCCUCACUGCAAUGUCCUUUGGCUAAGGAUUAUGGGAGUUGUAGUCAGCAACCUCUGGGAAUUACUGGCAGCAGCAUGCAGGGGACUCCCGCUGCCGUCACAACAGCCCUGCGAGGGAGGGAGGACCGCCAGCCCUGCAGGGCUAGGCUGAGCUCUCCUGGAACCGGCCUCCGCCUCCAGGGGGCGCUCCAGGGCCCGGGCGGAGAUCCAGGAGGGCCCGAGGGGGGUGGGGUGGGGCUCCCGGACCUGCCUACCCUCCCUCCCCCGGGCCUCACCUCCGGCCGGCUCCCCAGGCGCCCCGCCGCACCACGUUGGCCGCCAUCUUGGCUCCCCUCAGCGGCCACGCCUGAUUGGCUAUCCCCGUGGUCCCGCCCCGGAAUGACGCCACCAGCGGGGACUGGAGGAAAGAGAGUCAGUCGCACACUUCCGCUUGGAAGUUACUCGCUCCAGGGACACCUCCCCCGCGCUGAUGCCCUCAUCAGCCCAGGCGAGGAAGCCAACCCCUUUUCCUUCAAGGAGUUUGUGCGGAGCAAGAAGCAGAGCGCCGUGCUGGGCAGCCAGCCGGUCCGGGAUGUCGGCCUGGAGCCCCAGGGAGGAGGCGGCAGCAGCAGCAGCAGCCCCAAGACUCUGGCUGACCUGACGCCUGGUGGCAACACAGCCAAAGGCAUCUGGCUGCUGUACACAGAAGCAGCCGCACCACUGUCCCGACUGGCAGGCUGGGUCCCCGCCGUUUUUUCUGUUUGCUUCCACGGGAGAAACUAUGAAACGCCACGGGAGAAACGCAGUCUCCACAACCACCUGUCGGAACAGCAGUGCCGCUGCUUCUGGGUGGAUGUCUUCCUGUCCGCCAAUGCAUGCUCAGGAAACUUCCAGGAGUGCAAAGCAGGUGCGUGGCUGUCUCUCCCAGGAGGCCACUUGUUGCCACUUGAAGGGCAAGUCAUUCGGAGCAUAGCCGGAGAGAAGUGUGGCUUUCCAGCUGUGUCCAGGGAGUCCUCCAGAUUCUCGUUCCGACUGGACAGCGAGGCUUCAUCUCCGGAACUGCUGGGACUGAGCUUGGAGUUCCGAGAACCGUUUUUCCCAGACCCGGUGGCUGAGAGCUCCUUACUGGAAGACGAAGAGGAGGACUGGAGUAGCACCUACCAGCCCUCGGCUGUGGAAGAGGCCCACUCGGCCAGGGCUUCCGGCACCUUGCUGAGCAGCACCUCUGACCUGUCUGAUCUCCAGACGUUUUCUCCGUGGCAGCUGGGAGGAAGCAGCUCGCUUCCACACGCCCCCCUUGGAAAAGAGGAGCAAAGCUUGCCUGUGGAUGGAGCAGCCCUGGGAGAGGACGUGUACCCGCCUCUGCGGCAGAGUUACGAAGAACUAAAACAAGAAAAUGCCAAGCUGAGAAAUCUCAUCUGCCAUCUCCAAGCAGUUUCUGAAACUCAAGCAGAGAGAGUGAAGCAGCUGGAAAGAACGCUGGAGGAGAGCAAGCGGAAGGAAGCCCAAGAAGCCCAAGACCUGGAGGCCAUGGUGCAGCAGGUGGAAGAGAACCUCCAGCUCAUGACUAAACGGGCCAUGAAAGCAGAAAGUAGUGCUGUGAAGCUGAAGCAGGAGAACGCACUUCUUCAGGUUCAGAUGGAAAACUGCACGCUGGAGAAGGAGAACUUGAGGGCCAGCCAUUCGGCCAACUUGGCCGUAAUGAAACAGAACGCAGAUAUUGCCUUGCAGAACCUUCUCACGGUUGUAUCAAAGUCUCGAUCCUCAAUCAAGCAGCUGCUCUCUGGUGCAGAAGCAUUGCAGCUUGUGGCUGAACUCUUGAAGUCUAUAGACAAAAUAUCCGAGAUACCAAAAGACUCACCAUGAAAACCACUACAUUAAGCAGAGAAACUUGGAAAUCAAUAUUUAAAGGAUGUCUUGUUGUAAUAUUUCACAUCUCCUGGCUUUCUAGAAGGAUGAACUGGUCCAGGGUUAACACUUUCUUAACCCAUUUGUACAGGGUCCAGGUAGUGAAACUCUCUCACCUGCUUAGACUCUGGGGCAAACAAUCAUUUCAGACUUUUGGGCUCCCAUCCAGACUGUUGGCUCAGCUCCUGGGUUGCUUAAAACAUGUGUGUACAUUGUGUUUCUUUCUGGAAGAUAUGUUUGUCUUAAAGCUGACAGCUAUGUGUGAAACAAGACAGAGGCCUUUUAUCACUUUUUGCACAGCAACAAAACUGAAGUAUGAAAGACUUAACAAACAUUUCCUAAAUAUGUAUUAUGAAGCUUUUUAAUUCCACUAGGUUUUGUAAUAGCAUUAUUUUUAAAUUAAAACAAAAUUGCAAGUGUG